AUGAAGCAUAGAUUAUCAUGCAAAGCUGAUGAUAUUGAUAGUACUGAAGAAGUUAUAGAUAUACAAAGAGAUCUAGAAAGAUAUCAGAAAGAUACCCUAAGAAAAAUAAAGCAGCAACAAGUAUAUCAUAUGCUCGCCCCCGCGUCGUCUCGGCUGAGGCGACACGGGCGGAUCCCAGCCCGCGCCGCCGGGCCGCCCUCCCGCCCCCCCUUCCUCCCCUCGCCGUCGCCGGAGGAGGCCGCCGGGCUAAGCCCGGGCGGCGGACGGUGGCGGCAGGGUCGACUUCCUCUCGCCAGGCCGCGGGAUCUCGGGGUGGGGAGGCUCGAUCCCCUUUCUGCGUCGAGUGUUGGAUCCGUUCGAGGGAUUCGGCUGCGUCGCCGGUGGACCUCCGGGCUUCUUCUCCGACGGGGCGGCUCCCUGGCAGCGGCUCUCGCGGGUGGCGGUCGCGGGCUGCGUCGUGGACGGGCGACUGGUCUUCGGCCAGCUGCUCAUCUCCGGCGGUCGGGGCGGGCUCGGCCCCCUCACCUGCCUUGUGGGGCGCGUCCCUGGUCGGGCCGGUGGCCUGCUGGCCUCGGGUGGCUCCUGUUCUGCGCUGUGUUGGUGGGAUGCCAGAUCGGCCGGAUCUGGCCCGUCUGCGUCUUCUUGACCGGCGGGGAGGUGAAGUGCUUGGUGGCUCUCUGGUGCUGCUGGCGCGGUGGCACUGCGAGAGGUGGGCGGGUCAGCGAAGGUGCAGUGCGUGAGGGUGUUGGUGGUGUUGGGAUACUCCGGGCGAAAGCUUGGCUGGUCUUGCCGGCCGGCGGCGGCGGCGUCUGUGGACGUCGUUUAACCUCCUUGGAGGCGUCGUUGUGGAGUCCGGCAUCCUCUUACACCCUUGGAUCUUGCUCUUCGGGUGAAAGCCUAAGGCCCGGUUGGGUCGGGCGACGGCGUCGACAUCGUCGCUUCCCUCUUUGGGGCGUCGCCUUGAAGAGCUUCGGAUCCCGGUUGCGUGCUUCAUGGGCUGGACGCUCGCGGCAUUGUGGUCGGCAGGUGCCCGUCUGGCAAUGCGGAUGUUGCGCGGCUUCCUGUUUGUGGCAACGAUGGCGGCUUCGGGCGGAGUCAGAGAAUAAUAUGUCGAAAGAAGAUGACAGUGUGGCAAUAUCAAUAGAAGACAUGCUGCUUGGAGAUUCAUCACGACCGGAAGAAGCUGAUAGAGUGGCACUGCCGUCGGGAGAAGGCGUACUGCUCGAAGAUUCAUCGCAGUCUCAACUGCAAGAGAUCAGUGUUAACCAUGGAGACCAGAGUCCCUGACGGAGCUGAUGUUUGCUAUGGCCUUAUUGGGUCUGCAGAUAAUGUGUCGGGAAGAAGCGAACAGAGUGGCAGUGUGGUCAGGAGAGGAUAUAGUGCUUGGAGAUCCGUCGCAGUAUCUAUCAGCUGCAAGAGAUCACGGCUUACAGUCAUCGUCCUCCCUUGCCGACUGAUAAGUUGUUGGAGGUAGUAAAAGGAGCCAACUCAACUCAAGCACCGAAAAUACGAGUGGCGGUGCUCCAGGUUUUGUUCAAAACUGUUCAUCAGUGUAGUGUCAGUGCGAAGCGCUCAGCAAGCAGAGCGCAAUCACGAAUCAGAGUGCAAUUCAAACACACAGCAGGUAACAUAAGAUGCGCUUGGUUUCACCCAA